AUGGUGACUAAGGUCUGCGGGUACGUCGACGACACGGCUGUCUAUGCCCGGUCCCCAGAGGACGUGGUCGAGGUCAUGCAGGCUCUGGCGCGAUUUGGAGUCGCUUCUGGGCUGAUGACUAAUGCCGCGAAGUCUGUGGCUGUGCCGCUUUGUGACGGUGUAGCCAUCGACCCGGAUCUGCUGCACGGCAUUCGACUGCUGCAAGCUGGCGAGCGGUACCGUUACCAAGGCGUUCUACUUUGA